AUGGUGAAUGUAUUAUUUUGGCUCCUGCCUCUUCUGCACAAAAUGUGUCCCGGACAUGCUUGGGUCGCAAGUAACCUUCUAAUGACGGGACCCAAGGCCUAUCUCAUCUACGCAGGAAGCGUGCAGGUGGGUACACAGACUGGGGUUGAGGAGUGUAAACGCCAGUUCGCUUGGGACAGAUGGAACUGCCCGGACAGCGCAAUCCAGCUCAAGGGACUAAGAAGAGCCACCAGAGAGACUUCUUUCGUUCAUGCCAUUAGUGCAGCAGGGGUCAUGUACACUCUGACCAGGAACUGUAGUCUAGGAGACCUGGACAACUGCGGCUGUGAUGUCUCAAAAAACGGGAAAAUUGGCGGAAGCGGCUGGUUAUGGGGAGGCUGCAGUGAUAAUGUGGAUUUCGGAGAGAGGAUUUCCAAACACUACGUGGAUUCGCAGGAGACAGGUCAGGACUCCAGGGCUACUGUGAACCUGCACAACAACGAGGCCGGACGCCUGGCCGUGAAGGCAACAAUGCAGCGCAUCUGCAGAUGUCACGGCAUGUCUGAGAGCUGCAGUGUCCAAACCUGCUGGACUCAACUGUCUGAUUUCAUGGAAAUAGGGAAUUACUUGAAAAUCAAACACAACCAAGCCCAAAAAUUAGACAUUGACAAAAAGCGCAUGAGGGCAGGAAACAGCGCAGACAAAGGAGGAGGCAUCCUGGACGCGUUCGGCAGCAUAGCGCAGACAGAGCUGGUCUACCUGGAGGACUCUCCGGACUACUGCAGGAGGAACUCCAGCAUGGGUCUGCACGGAACCGAGGGCCGGGAGUGUGUGCAGCACGGAGAGGGGCUGACCCAGUGGGAGAGGAGAAGCUGCCGCAGGUUGUGCCAUGAAUGCGGCCUGGGGGUGGAGGAGAAGCGCAUAGAAGUGGUCAGCAGCUGCAACUGCAAAUUCCACUGGUGCUGCAAAGUGAACUGUGACAACUGCUCUGAAGUUGUGGUCAAACAUGUGUGCGCCAGGAGGGAGGGUCCCGAUGGAUAUGGAUUUAGAAGGAGACAUCGAGGACCCAAAUAA